AUGGCUAUAAUUAUUUCGCAACGUGCAACGUUAUGGAACACAAAAUAUAAAAUGCCAUUUGCAAUAGGAGCAAUUGAUUGUACACAUUUCAAAAUAAAAAAACCUUUGAAUAAUUCUGAUGAAUACAUUUGUGGAAAAGGGUUUUAUUCAAUAAAUGUGCAAGCAACAUGCAAUGCUAACGAAUUAUUUACAAGUGUCGAUGUUUCUUGGCCUGGUUCUGUGCAUGAUUCUCGAAUUUUAAAAAAUAGUUCGGUGCACAAUGUAAUUAAAAGCAAUGAUGUAGAAGCAUAUUUACUUGGCGAUGAAGGAUACGGUAUUGCGCCAUGGUUAAUGACACCCUUUAAAAAUCCAUCAAAUCCCAUUGAAGCCUUAUAUAAUUCCGCAAUAACAAAGGAAAGAACUAUCAUUGAACGUUGCUUUGGUCAAUUAAAGCAGAGUGGUUUUGUUCUGCAUAAUAUAGCAAAACAUCUUAAUGAUAUAUACCAGUAUUCAACAGAUUUAGAUAGUAACAUCGAAAAUGUAGUGUUUUCUUCAGAUGAAACCAGCGGAGUUACUUGCAACCAGAUUCGAGAAAACGGCAAACGAAAAUGGUUACCAAUUGCCAACAUGUUAUCAGAUAACAGUAAUUAG